GCCGCCUCCGCCAUUCAGGGAACCCUGUGCGCCGGCCCUUCCCGGCGCCGCCGCUCCGCUCCUCCCGCAGCUGCUGCUGCCGCGGGGCAGCGCCGCCACCCUGUGCCGGAGCGGCGGCCGCAGCGGCUCAGCUCAGCUUAGCUCGGGCCCCGGCGCGGCGCGGAGCGGGCAAUGCUGGAGAGCGGCUGAGCGUCGGAUUACUUGUUGGGCGGGGGGGGGGGAGCGGCGCGCCUCAGGGCGCUGUGCAGUGCGGCGGCUGCCGGUGCAGCGAGUUGGUGGGAGGGAGGGGAGCAGGCGGGCAGGGAGUGAGUGAGGAGCGGCGGCGGGCCCCGCACCUUAAGCCUAUACCCCGCACCAUGCUGCAGAGCCAGGCCGGAGCCAGCGACAGCGCCUCGACCACGGGCAUCCUGCAGCCCGCAGCGCCCCCGCCGCCGGCCGGCAACAUGCGGGAGCCCCCUCUCUCCACCGCCGCCUACAGCGGCUCCGAGCCCAGCAGCGACGAGGAGGACGAGCUAGUGGCGCCCCCGGCCCCGGUGGACAGGCGAGGGUUGAAGCGCAGAGUGUCGGACAUGGAAGCUGCCGCCGGCUUGACCAGGGUGAGCGGCAGCGGCCACGACCCCAGCCUGGACUGCGGCGGCCCCGGGCUGGCGGCGGGCGGCGGCGGCGGAGUCUACGGGGUAGCGGCUGUGGCCGGUGGAGCGGCGGCGGCGGCCGGGCUGAAGCCGGGCAAGAAAACGCGAGGGCGGGUGAAGAUCAAGAUGGAAUUCAUCGACAACAAGUUGAGGAGGUACACGACUUUCAGCAAGAGGAAGACGGGCAUCAUGAAGAAGGCCUACGAGCUUUCCACGCUGACGGGCACGCAGGUGCUGCUGCUGGUGGCGAGUGAGACGGGCCACGUGUACACCUUCGCCACCCGCAAGCUGCAACCGAUGAUCACCAGCGAGACGGGCAAGGCACUGAUACAGACGUGCCUAAACUCACCGGACUCGCCGCCCCGCUCCGACCCCACCACCGAUCAGCGGAUGAGUGCCACGGGCUUCGAGGAGACUGACCUCACCUACCAAGUGUCGGAGACCGACAGCAGCGGGGAGAACAAGGACGGCCUGAAGCCGACCACCUUCACGGUAGCCAACGUGCCCGGCUCGACUUGCAUGAACCAGUCGGCCUCCAACACCUCGACCAACCUGCAGGUGAGCAGCGGCCACAGCUUCCCCAUCACCAACUACCUGGCCCCAGUCACCGCCAUCAACAGCAACGGCAGCUGCUUCAAGCCAGGCGGCAACCCUGGCGGCAUGGUGCAGAUCCCCAGCGGCUUCACCCUCAUGUCAGGCACUUCGCUGCCAGGGACGCCCUCCAUCCCCCUGGGCCCAUUGCAGUCACACUCGCUCACCAUCCAGGGGCAGCAGGGGCAGGUGAUGGGCGGCCAGUCGCAGCCAGGACAGCAGACCGUCUUCCGCUUCCCUGCCUCUGCCACCGGCCAGAUCGUCUCCAUUGCAGGUGGGGGCCUUGCGCAGCAGUUACCGGUACAGACCAUCCAGCUGCACCAGUCGCCGGCGCAGGUCAGCGUGCAUCAAUCCACGCAGCACACCGCAACCCUCAGCGACAGCAGCACCGACAUCUCGCAGACCUCCACCAGCGCAACCAUGACACUGCCCGCCACCAUCGUGACCUCAUCGGCCCCCUCGUCCAUGGCCAGCCACGUGAUGUACCCCAGCCCUCAUGGAACUGUGAUGUACACCACCUCCAGCCCCGGCCUGUCCGACGGCCUUGCAGUGCUCAAUGCCUUCUCGCAGCCGUCCUCAGCGAUGCAGGUGUCACACGGCCAGAUGCACGAGCAGGGUGGUGUCCCUCAGGUUGUGCUGACUGCUCCCACCGGCACAGUCCAAAUCCCACUGUCAGCUGUCCAGCUGCACCAGAUGACAGUGAUUGGCCAGCACUCCAGCACUGGUAACUUGACAGAGCUUCAGGUGAGCAGCCUGGACACCACACACAGCAACAAGUUGGCCCAGAACGACUAGUGACUGCCACGCACAACUCCACAGGAGCACCAGUUAUUUAAACUAAAAACUGCCUGCUAUAUUUAUUUAUUUUUUGCCUCCCCUCUCCCUCCGCCCUGCUUUAUUCAGAAAGAAUGGAUGGAGCUUUUUCUAAAUCAAUGUGAAAUUAUUGACUGCCUGAGGUUUAUCUUUUUCAUAACUGAAAGCGAUUUUCCCGCUGUGGACCCAAAUCAGGCUUCAGCCAAAGAUUCACACUCUGUCGAUAAGGCCGUGUAAAUAAACCUCACUCUUCUCCCUGCUCCUUGGAGGAACAAAGUCUUCUUCCAAACUUUGUUGAAAAUAUGUCUGGUUUUGUGGCGGCUCAGCUUUUAGCUGCAAAUUUUGAAUGUGGCUUGGAUGGGGGUGGGGGUAGUGCCCAGGGUCUGUAUCCAGCUCUCCGAGUCACGGUCACCGCCCCCUGGGCUGGGCUGCGGCUAAUUUUAAUGUUGCAGGAUUAUCAUGGCACUAAAGUUUCCACAAUGAUCUCUCCAGCAAUUAUUUUGUUAUUAUAUUUGUACUGAGAAUAAAAUUGUUGGAGGGACAUGUGUGUGUGUAUAAUAUAUGUAUGUUUCUGUGUUUGUGUAUAUAUAAUAUAUAUAUGAAGUAUACAGACACAUAUAAUAUACACAUGCACACGCGUGCUCACACAUAUCCACGUGCACACAAGUAUUUAGAAUGUGCUUUUAAUGGAGACUAUGAAUUUUCAUUGGCAAUUUGUAUUAAAUUGGUUGACCUCUUGGAGUGGUCGUUUGGGGGACAGGCGGGGAACAUAGUCAGUGGCCUUAACACUGUGCCAUGAGAGUGAAGAAGAAGCCUCUUUCUGUUGCCGCAACCUCUGCCAAUCGGCUAGAGAAGCAGGCAAGUAUACGGGACAGCAGCAGCCAUCCGAUUGGCUACACGCCCCCAUUGGUGGAUAGAAGGAGGAUCGGGAUUGGCUCCGUUCUCUCCAUUGGAUUAGAGCAGGAUCAGGAUUUGCCACAAGUCCUCCCAUCUUCCCAUCCCAAAUGAGAUUAUCUUCCCAUCAAAAGGGAUCAACUGUGGGAUUGGUUGUAACUCCUGGUCUGUCGUGUAAGGGCAGGAUUUCUGCUGGUUGUGUUUCACCCAUCCCAGCCCAUUGAAGAGUAGCAUUAGGAUAGGUUGCAGUUCCUCUUCAAACAAAAAACAUUCUAUUGGACAAACUCAGUGGGUCAGGCAGUAUCUGUGGAGGGGAACAGACAAUGUUUCAGGUCAGUGCCUUCUUCAGACUGAUUAGCUUCUCAUUGGCAAAGAAGGGAACGAAGUUGGUUGUAAAGUUGAGUGUUGCCCUGAUUGACCAAUAGUCUGCUUUUGCUUGUUGUCUCUGUUUAUGAAUGCAGAAUGAUGAUUCAGUAUUUUUACGUCUGUCAUUAUGUAUCCUGUGAGAAGCAAGACCUGGGUUUAGAGAGGAGUUGGGUAUUUUCCCGAGAUAGCUGGUGGGCACUAACGGAACUAUCAGCAUAUAAGAUGUUGCCUGCAAUUGGGAUCAGUUUUUGAGGAGUGGUGGGGUGGGGGGGAGCCCUGCUGCCUGUUUCAGUUUGCUGAAGGGAUCGAUAAGAAAGGUAAUGACGAUGGUGGGUGAGGGGAUUGCUGCUGUUGUGUAGCUUGUGGCCUGGGAUCAUUCACCCUGCAGUGGAGAGGCAAAGGUGAGGCUGACCCUUUCUGACCGGGCUGCUGAGCAGCUAAUCUUCCAUUCCCCCCAGUCCACCUCUACAGCAUGCUGUCCUGUGUGCUUGUGGGGUGACUCUUUGCUUCUGUGUACCCACUGCCCAAGAUGGCAGCCUUGAUCCUCUGGCCACUGACUUGUUCCUGGCCUCUGGCCCUCCCUGCCUGCCAUGGCUCUUCAGUGAUUGGCCCAAUUGCAAGCUGCUGCUUUUUUGUACUUGGUGCUAUGAAGGGAGGCGUUUUAAUAGGAAGCGGCCACUACUUUUUUAUAAAAUGCCUUGAAAGAGAGAGUUUAUUUUUAUAGGUGUUUAUUCAGUAUUUAUGUAUUACAGAGAAGAUGAGAAAAACACUUGUAAAUUGUAUUGCAGUUUUUACGUGUAUGAGUUUGUAUCACGCGGGGCAGGGGAGGGAGGGGGGAGGCAGGGAGGGCUGUGUGGUUUUUUUUAGAAUUUUUUCACAGUAUAAAACUAUUGCCACGGGUUGCAGAUAAAGGAGCUGGAUGUGUCAUCAAGCAGACAGUUGCCAGACAUGCCUGGAUUUGGUGUGGUUCACACCAUGAAAGCUUUUUCUUAAAAUAAAAGAAACAAUUUUUUAUUGUU